UUUCAAAUGACAUAUCGAAGGAAAUAAUUAAUAACAAUAUAAAAGUAUUUAAAAAUGCUUAUCCGUCUUUCUUUAGUUCACAAAUAGAAAGUGCGUCAUUGUAUUAUCCAAAAUGAGAACCCGAAGUAAUUCGGGCGUCCGUUUAGAUUAUUAUCAAAGAGUUGUGCAUAAGUUAAUUUUAGAUCAUCAGCAACCGGUUACGGGUUUGUUUCCAGCCAGCCCUCAUAAUGACCAUGCGUGGAUCAGAGACAACCUUUAUUGCAUAUUGGCAGUUUGGGGACUGUCCAUGGCAUUCAAAAAGAUUGCCGACCAGGAUGAAGAUCGUGCUAAAACAUAUGAGCUAGAACAAAGCUGCGUAAAAUUGAUGAGAGGUCUUCUUAUGGCUAUGAUGCAGCAAAAAGACAAGGUAGAGAAAUUUAAAAGCACUCAGCACCCUCAUGAUUCUCUGCAUGCGAAGUAUUCCUCUAUAACAGGAAGAAUUGUUGUUAAGGACAAUGAAUGGGGACAUUUGCAGAUUGAUGCAAUUUCAUUAUAUCUCCUCAUUUUAGCACAAAUGACUGCAUCUGGUUUGCAAAUAGUAUUUUCUCUAGAUGAAGUUGCAUUCAUCCAGAACUUAGUUUUUUAUAUUGAAUCAGCCUACUGCACUCCUGAUUAUGGAAUUUGGGAAAGAGGAGAUAAAACAAAUCAUGGGUUACCUGAACUCAAUGCUAGCUCAAUUGGUAUGGCCAAAGCAGCUCUGGAAGCUAUGAAUGAGCUGGACCUUUUUGGUGCUCGUGGAGGGCCUUCAAGUGUCAUACAUGUCUUGGCAGAUGAGGCUCAAAAAUGUCAAGCUGUCUUGCAGUCAAUGUUGCCAAGAGAAUCUAAUAGCAAAGAGUUGGACUCCGGCUUACUAUCAAUCAUAAGCUACCCAGCAUUUGCUGUUGAUGAUCCACAGUUAAUAGCUAAAACUAGAGACACAAUAGUUUCAAAGCUUCAAGGAAAAUAUGGUUGCAAAAGAUUUUUAAGAGAUGGUCACAAAACACCAAGAGAGGACCCCAGCAGACUUUAUUAUGAACCAUGGGAAUUGCGAAUGUUUGAAAAUAUAGAAUGUGAAUGGCCAUUAUUCUUUUGUUACCUUAUAUUAGAUUAUUGCUUUCAAGGAGAUAAGGUCAAUCUUACUGAAUACAUGCAAAAGUUAGAGAAAAUAAUGAUAAGAAAAGAUGAUGGAAUAAAAUUAGUCCCUGAAUUGUAUUCUGUGCCAGGAGAUAAAGCACAUUUGGAGCAAAUAGAACCCGGCAGUCAAGAAAGAAUACCACUAGGAAGAUGUCCAUUUAUAUGGGCUCAAUCAUUAUAUAUACUAGGAAAAUUGUUACAAGAGGGAUUUUUAGCAGUUGGAGAAUUAGACCCCCUAAACAGAAGACUCUGUUCAGAAAAAAAACCAGAUGUUGUGGUUCAAAUUGUGAUAUUGGCUGAGGAUAAUGAAAUAAGGGAUAAACUGCUUGAAUAUGACUUGCAUGUUCAAACAAUCAGUGAGGUGGCUCCCAUUGAAGUACAACCAGCCAGAGUUCUCAGCCAUUUAUAUACAUAUUUAGGUCGUAAUAAAAAACUAGGACUAUCUGGAAGAAAGUCACGGGAUGUGGGCAUUCUUAGCACAAGCAAAUUGUAUUCAUUAAAUGAACGUAUAUUUGCUUUUACACCUCAAAAUUUUGACUACGAAGAGUACUACAUGACGCGAGACCCAGCGUUGCUUGCGAGCACAUUUACAGCGAACGUCGCAUUUCUUGGUAUGAGCUGGAAACAAAUGCUUGGAAGACCGACCAUCACAUUACUUGCUACACAGUACCUGUUAGAUCAAGGUAAAAUUCCCAUGGCAAUGAUAACAACAAUGAAAAAAUUGAAGUCCGGUUACAUUAAUGGUACCAGAGUGACUCUUGGAAACCUCGGCGACUUCUUAAGUACAUCUGCCAUAACUAAUUUAAGCUUCUUAGGAAGUCAGGAGGAAGGGUAUCCAGAUAAGCUGAACCCGCAAGUUCAGAGCUACCUGGAGGAGCACCUGCUGCGCUCGUUCAGCAGCCGCCUGAGCGUGCUGUCGCGCCCGUCGGGCGUGCGCCACGCGCGCGCGCUGCGCCGCCGCAUGUCCGUGCGCGGCGCCAUCAAGAAGACUCGCUCCAUCAACGUCGACUCCGAUACUCUAGGAAUGGAAGGAGAAUACGUCGGAUCCCACUUACUUGAAAGAAAACCAUCUUGGCUAGAGGUGGAACCGGGACGUAGUCCGUCGCCGGAAGAUGCAAAGAAACGCGCCUUUACCAAGGGUACGUCGACUACAAGUUUGGGAAUAACGACACCUACAAUUGAAAUCAGCAAAGAAUCGACACCUCCGCCGCCGAAAGAAGAAGGAACAGUGAAAAACGUGCUUCUACGAAAUCGAACGACAUCGGAAUCUCAAAAUAUUUAUGCUGAACAAGAAACAGACGAACUGAUCGCGAUGUUACGAGAGACGGAGAGCCUCGACGAGCAAGGAGACAUCUUGCAGUACUUGGUUGACACGCAUGGACUCGAAUUUAAUACAGGCAUGCAAGAAAACGGUAAACACGUGACUGUGAAAGACUUACUCAAGGUGCUCUACGAGAAAGCAUGCAGUCAGAAGUUGUGGGGCCUCGUGAGACACACUGCUGGCAUGCUCGGGAAGAGAGUGGAAGAUCUAGCCAAGGCCGUGACCGACUUGCUCGUGAGGCAGAAACAGAUCACCGUUGGCAUGCCGCCGAACAACGAACAUACGAUCAUUGCUCCUCUACCGGAGAAUGAACUAAGACAGCUCAUACAUGUGUCAUUACGUCGUGAAAAACAUGGAAAUGAUGAUAAAAAGGCAUAUGGUGAUGACGAAAGUACAGCCAUGUUAACCCAAGAGCUGUUGGUGUACCUCGCUAUGUUCAUACGAACUGAACCCCAGCUGUUCCUGGAGAUGUUGCGUCUGAGAGUUGGACUCAUAAUACAAGUAAUGGCAACGGAGCUCUCACGCACGCUUUCCUGCGACGGAGAGGAAGCUUCAGAACAUUUACUUAAUUUGUCGCCUUUCGAAAUGAAGAAUCUCCUACACCACAUACUCAGCGGCAAAGAAUUUGCAAUAAACAGCGCCAACUCGCUUAUUGACAUUAAGGAAAAGUUCGCUAAAAAUAAAGUUGGUCGAGGCAAUUUUUCGAUUGUGAGCAACAAGUCAAAUCGUUACACAAAGAAAUCUCAAAUUCUAUUGGAAGGUCAAGGACUCCAGGGUACCAUAGAUGAAGCACCAAUAACGGAACCAGACCGUCAAGGGCAGUGGUUAAGACGCCGACGUCUCGAUGGAGCACUAAAUCGCGUCCCGAGAGAUUUCUAUCAACGUGUGUGGGCCGUUUUGGAAAAGUGUCAAGGCCUAAUAAUACAAGGCAAGGUUCUACAGCCAAACUUGACCCAGGAGAUGACAUCCGGCGAGCUGAAAUUCGCUCUAGCAGUGGAAACCGUACUGAACUCGAUCCCGCAACCAGAAUACCGUCAGCUGGUCGUCGAGGCCCUCAUGGUACUGACAUUGGUCGUAGAGUACAAAGCGGUCAACCAUCUCGGCGGGACUAUAACAGUCGAACAUCUAGUGCACAAAGCUAACCAAAUAUUUCUAGAGGACCAGACGCGCUGCUCCGGCGACGCGACGCUGUGCUGCGCCAAGGAGGGCGCGGGGGCGGGCACGGGCGGCGCGGGGGCGGCGGGCGCGGCGGGCGCGCUGGUGUGCGGCGGCGCGGCGGGCGUGUGCCAGCUGCUGUACGACAGCGCGCCCAGCGGCCGCUUCGGCACCAUGACGUACCUGGCGCGCGCCGUGGCCGCGCUGCUGGCCGACCGCCUGCCCGCGCACGAGCCCGUGGAGUGCGCCAUCACAUAGCUCUGAUCGAACAAUCAACAACACUUCUGUGAAAUUUCACCAUUAUGAAUUGGACGUGCCCUCGUGGACAACUACAGUAGUCAUUAUUAUGUACUUUUUAUAGAAAUUGUUAAUUUUUAUAGUCAGUCAGUCUAAUAUUUGAAAUAUGGUAAAAACAAAAAGUAAUCAAUUUAUCAGAGAGAUUUAGCCAUAAUAAAAUAAAAUUAUUAUAAAAUAACUCACUCCAAACAACUACUAAUUUUAAAAUCUGUCUUUAAUACAAGUAUAAAAUAUACACAGCUAUAUAAGAACUGGUGACGGCAAAAUCAAAUAACUACCAUAACUACAACAAAGUUAUUUUAACGAAGAUUCUUUACUUGACUUAUUUAUAAUAAAGAUUCAUAUACAUUGUGAUAAAAUAUAAAAAUAAAAAAUAUUUUUAAGACUAGAAAGGUAAAAAAAUUAAAGUAAAACUAUUAAAUAAAAAUUCAAGAUUUGAGAUAAGCCAGUGCGACCAAUGUGUUAAAGUUUCUGAAAAUGAUUCUAGAAGACUCCAUAUAUUUAGGACAUUAUGAUUCAAGAUUCAUAGUAAUUAUAACAAAAUAUAAUAAAGAAUUACUCUUAUACUAAUACCUGACCUAAUUAUCUCCAACAUGGAUCAAGACUAACUUUGCUACCAAAUUGAUGCCACAUCUUAAAUUACCGCAAGGAAUAUUUUAUCUUGUGUACGAUUUUUUUUUCAGUAUUGGCUAUUUAUUUAAUUCAAAUAUAUUAUAUGUUAAAUUUUUUAUUUCUUAAAGUUUAUCAAUGUAAUGAGAUAACUUUUGAAUAAAUGUUAUUAAAAUUUAUAAUUUGUAUAGAUAUAUUAUUAUAAUUAGUAUUGUUUAUUUAAGUAUUAUUCUUGCAUGACUAUCAUUUUGAAAUAGAUGAGAAUUUUAAUAUA